GUACGUGGCAAGAGAUGACAGGAUGAGAAUGGCGAUCCCGAAGGAGGAAGCAACAGGUGGAUGGUACAUGUCUUUCUCUCUACGUCUCAACAACGGGUAGUAAAUCUCUCUCUCUCUCCCCACCUCAUUUUGCGUUUCCGUCCUUGCCUCCCCCCCCCCCCCCCCCCCCCCCCUCUCGCUCUCAUUCUUCUUCGUCUUCUUCUCUCUCUCUCUCUCUCUCUCUCUCUCUUCUCUUGCCACGUGUCAACAACGGGAGCUGCCUAUCAAUUACAAGUGGCCAACUGAAGGGAUCGUCAUGUCUGAAGAAAACAAGGUGGAGAAUGGGGUAGAGGAGGGGGAUGUCACGAUGCCGGUGGGGACCACAGGCGGGCUUCUACAGCGACGUACUCCUAGAACCAGGAUGAAGAAGCGCACACGCAAAGUAAGUUUCUGCGAGACCACACAGAUCAUCUUCGCUGAUGGACUUGGCAUGUCCACGGCCGUGCUUAGGCCAUCAUCAAUCAGCCCCCCCGAUGCUGUCGCAGCAGUUGCCCAGAAAGUUAUGGAUAAGGUUGUGGAUAAGGUUGUGGAUAAGGUUACAGAUAUGGAAGGAGGGGAAGGAGGGGAAGGAGGGGAAGGGACUGGUGAGGAAGUCGGUGGAUGGCAGUCAGAUGAUGGGCCUGUCAACAUCCGAGCUGGUGAUGACAAGCGAGGAGGAGGAGGAGGAGGAGGAAGAAGGAGCGGGCGGGGGAGGGGGAGAGUUGUGGAAGAGGAGAGGCGAGAUUGGCCACAGGACGAUGGGCAGCAAGAUGGUGAAGCGCUGCCACUGCGGCCGUCAUUCGCCGGUGAAGAUUAUGAUCAGCUUCCCGAUCCCGACAAGAUGGGAUCUGCGAUCUUCCGAAGAGAGAGGGAUAUUAGUAAUCAGGGGGGAAGAUGGGAGGCUGGGGCCGGCAAUGAUAAUUCGACUGAAGGUUUCCAAUUUCGGCGGGAACCGCUCACGACGAUGACCAAUGGGACUCAGACUGCCGUUUCCCGCCAAUCUCCCAUUUUCCCGCCAGAUUUGUAUGGAUUUGCUGAUGGGAGGAGGAGGAGGUCGUUACGGCUGUCAGCAGGAGCAGACUGGACCACAAGCAGAUCUCCUGCAUCUCAACUUGCAGCCGACGACAACUCUGCGAGCUCAGAGUUUUUCAGACGGCAGUCGGAUGGUAGCGCCCGGCAGGGUGCAGACAGCGUAUGUGCGUACUAUGUACUACUGCUAAUGGGUGUGGAUUAUGGACGAGUGCUGAUGGGUGUGGAUGAUUAUGUACUGCCGUCUUCAUCCGAGUAGAACGCCCGGUCAUUAUAGCUGUAUUUGGUGGAGCUUUCAGUCUA